CCUCCAUUAUUGCUCUGUAUCUUGUCUUUCUUCAGUGACACAAAACCAAAAAAAGAAUAUUGAGAAACAAAACUCAAGCAAGACGAUGAAGCAAGGGAUUGUUAUGGUUGUGGUUGCGGUUGCAGCCACGGUUCUUAUGGGAAUGUUAGGAUCAUCCGAGGCUCAGCUUCAAAUGAAUUUCUACGCAAAGAGCUGUCCAAAUGCCGAGAAAAUAAUUUCAGAUCAUAUUGAAAAGCAUAUCCAUAAUGGUCCUUCUCUUGCUGCUCCUCUCAUCAGGAUGCACUUCCACGAUUGCUUUGUCAGGGGAUGCGAUGGAUCAGUGUUGAUAAAUUCGACAACUGGGAACGCAGAGAAAGAUGCACCACCGAAUCUAACACUAAGAGGAUUCGGUUUCGUAGAGAGGAUUAAGACUCUUCUUGAAGCAGUGUGUCCUAAGACUGUUUCUUGCGCCGAUAUCAUCGCUUUGACCGCUAGAGAUGCAGUUGUUGCCACCGGAGGUCCUUCGUGGAGUGUUCCGACCGGAAGAAGAGACGGUAGGAUCUCAAACUCAACAGAGGCUUUGAACAACAUUCCACCUCCGACAAGUAAUUUCACGACGUUACAACGACUUUUCGCUAACCAAGGCCUUAAUCUCAAAGACCUUGUCCUCCUCUCCGGGGCUCACACGAUCGGUGUCUCGCAUUGUUCUUCAAUGAAUUCUCGUCUCUACAACUUCUCGACGACAGUCAAACAAGAUCCAGCUCUGGACAGCGAAUACGCAACGAAUCUAAAGGCCAACAAAUGUAAAAGCCUCAACGACAACACCACCAUCCUCGAGAUGGAUCCAGGUAGCGCCAGAAGUUUCGAUCUUAGUUAUUACAGGCUUGUCCUGAAGAGGAGAGGUCUGUUUCAGUCUGAUUCUGCACUGACGACCAACUCAGCGACGUUGAAGAUGAUCAACGACUUGGUCAACGGUUCCGAAAAGAAGUUUUACAAGGCUUUCGCUAAGUCGAUGGAGAAGAUGGGAAGGGUUAAAGUGAAGACGGGCUCAACCGGCGUAAUCAGGACAAGAUGUUCUGUCGCCGGAAGUUAAGUUAGCCUGAUCGGGAUAGUGGUGGGUGCUCUGUUUUUCUUAAUUGUGUUAUAUUGUUGUUUGUGUUUUUUUAUUCUUAGGGAAAAGGUGUUGUUAAGUUGAUUUUGAUGUUGUUUUUGAUUUGUGUUUAUGCACCCGAAAAAUAUCUGUUAUGGUUCAAUUGAAAUGUGAAUCAUUAUGAAAUUUUCAAUAAUAAUCGUACCUCCAAUUGAAGGUACAUAAAAUA